AUGAUUGUUGUCUCAUGGAAUAUUAGGGGUCUUAAUGACCCUGACAAGGUAACUGCUGUUAAGCAGUUGCUGAAGGAUCAUGAUGGUUAUGUAAUUGCUAUACUUGAAACGAAAGUCAAAAUCCGUAAUCAAUGUUCUAUUCAGAAGAAGUUUAGUAGAUCUUGGACUUGGCAUUGUUCUUAUGAUCACUUUGUAAUAGAUAGAAUUUGGAUUGGUUUGAAACCUGAUAAAAUCUAUAUAGGAGAUUUCAAUUAUGGUCUAUGCUCAGAGGAUAAAUAUAAUGGGAAUCAUGUUACUGAUGCUAGAGUGAGAGAUUUCAAGGAUUGUGUUGAGAUUUUGGAUCUUGCUGAAAUAAAAAGUAAAGGAUCUUUCUAUUCUUGGUCAAAUAAGGGUGAAGGUGAGAACAAAACUGCUACAAGAAUUGAAAGGGAUCUGGGUAGACCCUUCAGGUUUUUAAACUGCCUUGCUGAGCAUAUAGAUUUUCAGAAGGCUGUUCAGGAUUUUUGGAAUUCUAGUGAGGUUUCUACUUAUCCAAUGGGUGAAGCAUUGGAUGAAUAUUCAAAGCAGCAUUUACAGGAAAAGUCUAGAAUGUACUGCAUUAAGCUUAGGGAUGCUAACUCUCACUUCUUCUCCAUGAUGAAACAAAGGCAAAAUAAAAAUAGAAUUAAUUCGAUUUAUAAAAGUCAAGGGAUUUUGCUCAAGGAUCCCGUUCUUAUAACUGAUGAAAUUCUUGGCUUCUAUAAGAAUAUUUUGGGAUCUACUAGUCACUCUGUUCUUGGGGUGGAUCUGUCUACUAUGAGAAAUGGUAAGCAGCUAGACAUAUCUGCCAGAGAUUUUCUUCUGGCAGAUGUUACUCAUAAUGAAAUUGAUCAGGCCCUUAGUGAUAUCAGUAAUGAUAAGGCUCCUGGUAUUGAUGGCUUUAAUGCCGUAGUUUUUAAACAAGCUUCGAGCAUUGUAAAAUCUGAUAUUUAUGAUGGAGUCCUUUAUUUCUUCUGUCAUGGAAAAUUUGCUAGGCAAUGGAACUUUACUACCAUUACUGUUGUGCCUAAAGUGACUAAUCCUUCUUAUGCAUUGGAGUACAGGCAUAUUUCUUGUUGUACUUUAGUUUAUAAACUUAUCUCUAAAAUCAUUAUAGCUACACUUGCAAUUGUUAUUGGUUUUGUCAUUAAUGAUGCUCAGGAAGGUUUUAUUCCUUGUAAGCACAUUGGUGAUAAUAUUUUGCUUGCCACUGAGCUUAUAAAAGGAUGCUCUCACAAGUUUAUUACUCCAAGAUGUUUAUUGAAGAUUGAUCUCAUGAAGGCUUAUGACUCUGUGGAAUGGAGUUUCUUGGAAACUGUUCUCGGUGAAUUAGGCUUUCCAAACAGGUUUAUUUCUUGGAUUAUCAGAUGUAAGUUUUCUUCUGCUGCUAACUUGGAUAAAAGUGAUGUGUAUUUUGGGGGAAUUACUGAGCAGGUUCAAACUGAUCUUCAGUCUGUGUUGGGGGUUGCUAAAGUUUCUUUGCCUUUCAAGUAUCUAGAUGUGCCUCGUUCUUCUAAAAAGGUAACUAUCUCCCACUGUAGGCCUUUGGUUGAGAGAGUGACUGCUAGAAUUGAGGAAUGGGCUACUAGGCACCUCUCUUAUGCCGACAGACUUCCUUUGAUCAAAAGUGUCCUUUUGGGUAUUCAAGCUUACUGGUCCCAUAUCUAUAUUCUUCCUAAGAAGAUCUUGAGGGAAAUGGACUCAACAUUUAGAUGCCUUUUGUGGAAAAGUAAAGGUAAUCCUAGCAAGAAAGCCUUAGCUUCUUGGAAAUAUAUGUGUUUACCUAAGACUUAUGGUGGAUGGAAUUUGACAUGCCUUGAAGACUGGAAUAAGGCUGAUGUUACUAAAGUCUUAUGGGAUAUUUCUCGUAAAUCUAUCUGA